AUAAUUUUGUUCCGUGCUAUCGCGAAUCGAUUUGGAUAGUUUUUGGUCAUGAAAUGCAGGGCCUAUGACAUGGGACUUCCGUUUAAUGAACAGGAACAGGAAGUUCUCUCUCUCCUCGCGAACUGAGAUGGCAAAUUAAAAACAUCCUGUAUCGAAGGAAAUUUCGAAAAAUAAGCGUGCGAUGCUUUUGUGAUUUAGAAAAGGAAUAAAGUGAUCGGGAUAGCGGGUUUCUUUCGAAUUAAGUUUUGUUUUUAUUUUUACGACCUACUUUUAAUUUCGGUGCUUCAAGGUCGAAGUACAAUGACUGAUACUUGGAAAAUGGAACAUUCAAAGCAGACACUAUUAAUUUGGAAAAAUUGGUGGCAUUCUUUAAAUAUUAUGGAAAAUUUGAUUUUAGUGUGCAUCAGAGAGAAGGGGAUUGAAUUCGGUAUACAAACAUGCAAGCGGAAAAUAUCUGUGUCAAUGAUAUUGAAGGACUGGACGAAGACACUCUCAUACCGGUUGAGAUUUUAUCAUGUGAUGUCUCUCAACGUUCUCGAUCUCAAGAGGCCUCGUCGAUAGUUGAAUUAGGAAAACAAUUGUUACAUAGUGCAAAACAUGGAGACACGGAUAGCGUCCGUGAACUUAUGUGUAAGGGAGCACCUUUUACAACGGACUGUCUUGGAACAAGUGCUUUACAUUUCGCAUCAAAAUAUAAUCACAUAGAAACCGCUGAAGUUUUACUCAGGGCAGGAAUAUCCCGAGAUGCAAGAACCAAGGUGGACAGAACGCCACUUCAUUUGGCCGCUUAUGAAGGUCAUCAUCAAAUGGCACACUUACUGUUAAAAUAUGGAGCUGAUGUUGAUAGUAGAGACAUGCUUAAAAUGACUCCUUUACACUGGGCAGUUCAAAAAGAACAUAUAGAAUGUAUGAAUAUUUUGUUGGAAUAUGGUGCGGAUAAAAAUGCAAAUAGUAAAUUCGAUAAAACUCCAAUGAGCUUAGCUUUGGAGCUUGGCAAAUCUUACUUGAUAGAAAUACUUCAGCAAGAACGAGAAAUCAUUGGAAUACAAACCCAAGAACAACAUCAAGCUAGUUCGGCGGAAUUAGAAUUAGCAACUCACAAUUUAAUCCAAUUAGAAGCAGAAGAAGAAGCAGCUAAUGAAGAACAACAAAAACUAGAGCUUUUGCAGCAGCAAUCACAGCCAAAACGUAAAAGUGCUCAAGAUCAUUCAAUUCGAGGUAAUAAAAAAACAAGAAUGAUUCUUCAACAAAUUCAUGUAUCACCAUCUACUGAAAUGGAAACUGAAAAAGAAAUGAAGAAUGCGGAUGAUAUUAUUAAUACGAAUAAUAUCAAUAUUAAUAAAAAACGUAAAGAUUUAACAACAUUGAGUGGUGUCAAAAAUCAAUUCAGGUUAUUAGAAGCACAUGGAAUUACAAUGAUUCCAAUGGAUGAUGAUGCAUCCAUAGUAGAGAAUGCAAUGGAAAGUGGAAGAACUGUUGUUCUUACAGAAGCUGGUAAGCUUGCCUUAAAUUUAACCAGAGGUACUCCGUUAAGUAUGAAACGACUUCAAGUAUCUCCAAGAAAAGGAAAUGCAAGAAAAGUUAUAGCUAUAAGAGCAGAUCAAAUUUUAAAUCAAAGCACACCUAGCCUUACAUCCCGUGGUCCGAAUAUAUUAAAAAGAUCUUCUGUAGAUAACAAAGGUGGAAAAUUAUUCAUCUCCUCUCUUUCAACAGCUAUGACGGUUCCAACGAUAACGCAAUCACACUAUACAACUUCAGAGAACAAAAUAGUCACUUCACCUUCCAAGAUAACAGAACCAAUAAUUUUACAAUUGAAUGAUGAUAUUGAAGAAGUUAUAGAAGAAGAUACUGUGGAUAAUAACGAGCCAGAAAUGGAUAUAGCAGUGCUCAAUAGACAGUUAGCAGAAGCCCGAAGGCAAGCCGCUGAAUAUCGCAAGCAAUUACAAAAGAAAGAAGAAGAAGCGGAAAUAUAUAAACAACAACUUAAAAACAUCACAUCUCAAAGAAAAUUAAAAUAAUUUUAAAUAAAUCAAUUUUCUUAACAUAUGGUUUCAUCUUACAGUAAGCGCAAGUAAUUUUUUUUUUCUUUUAUUGCAAAAUCUUAAUCGAUAAAGUUUAUAGUAUUGCUCAAUUUGUUCAUAUUUGAACUUAUAUAAAUAACUGAUAACUUUGCAAAUCAUACUAUGUACUCACAUAUUAUCUCUUAUAUAUCAUCAAUUCAUAACUCUGACGCAUAAACCAAUAUUAAUUUAAUAAAUGCAUACUUUUGAAAGGUGCAUUUACAGUAAUAAAU